CUCUUGCUCGUGUACUUCUUUCUGUAAUCGGAGUGGUGUGUAUGGCAUAUGCAUACACAAAUCAAAGGCGUGUUAUUGUACCAGGUCCUCAUUUUGUUGAUCUUCAAACUGUGAUUCCUGCUCCGGUUGGGUUUCCCACUGGAUCUUUUGCUGUUGUGAACCCUAGACUACGUCCGGCAGUUCCCCAGAUUGAGGUUUUGGUUCCCAUCGCUCCUCCUGCUGUUGCUCCUUUUAGAUUUACAGUGAAUCCAGCUCUCUUGAUCCGUAUGGACGAGGAAAGGACACAGUCUCUGCUUCGGUUCAUGGAAAAUGAAGGACUCAUUCCAUCUGCUGAAGAGGAGUUCAAGAGGAAAGAAGUUAUUAUGAAACUUAAGGAGAUAGUGUUGUCGUGGAUAAAGAAGGUAGCAUGGCAACGCCGAUUUCCUAGGCAUCUUAUCAUGAGCACUUCUGCAACAAUAUUAACCUAUGGAUCAUAUGGCCUGGGUGUUCAUGGGUCGGAGUCGGAUAUUGAUGCUUUAUGUGUUGGUCCUUCGUUUGCCACCAUGCACGAAGAUUUUUUUAUUGUUUUGCGCAAUAUGCUUCAAAACAGACCUGAAGUCUCGGAGAUCCACUGUGUUAAGGAUGCUAAAGUUCCUUUAAUGCGAUUUAAAUUCAAUGGGAUCUCAAUUGAUCUCCCAUAUGCACAGCUUAAAGUAAAUUCUGUCCCAGAAAAUGUGGACAUUCUGAAUCCUUUCUUCUUAAUGAAUAUCGAUGACACCAGUUGGAGAAGCUUGUCUGGAGUCCGGGCCAAUAUACGUAUUCUUCAGCUUGUGCCAAACACAGAGAACUUCCAAGCGAUGCUACGGUGUCUUAAGUUAUGGGCAAAGCGGCGAGGAGUGUAUGGCAAUUUACAUGGGUUUCUUGGAGGGAUCCACAUGGCAGUUCUUGCAGCUUAUGUUUGUCAGUUACAUCCUAAUGCAAGUAUAAAUGUUCUUAUUUCAAAGUUCUUUGAGACAUUUGCUCUUUGGCGCUGGCCCACACCAGUGAUGCUGCAAGAUGAGAUGGCACCAAUGGGUGUAGAUGUCAGUGAAGUGCGUUCCUUGAUGCCAAUUAUGUUACCCUGUAGCUCACGUGAAUAUUGCCAUUCAAAUAUCACAAAAAGCACAUUCAACCGGAUCAGAUCAGAGCUUCUCCGUGGACAUGCUAUGACCAGGGAUUUUUUAAGACCAGAUUUUGAAUGGGGUACUCUUUUUGAGCAUUUUCAAUACACAAAGAUAUAUGUUCGUUUUGUUCGGAUCUUCCUUUCUGCUUCAGAUCAAGAUGAGCUAGGGGAUUGGGUUGGUUGGGUGAAGUCACGCUUCCGUUGUCUUAUUCUCAAGCUGGAGGAGGUGCAGGGACUUUGUGAUCCCAAUCCUACAGAAUAUGUUGAUCCAGAUGUAGCGGAUCCAAAUGUUGUCUUCUACUGGGGAUUACAACCCGGACGGAGUAGAUUCACAGAUAUAGAUUAUGUUGAAGAGGAUUUUAUAAAAAGUAUAAAUCAUGGCUUUCAAGGUCCUCGUGGAAUUAUUGAAAUGUCUAUUGUGGAAGCUUCUGAGCUAUCUAAGAAUGUCAAGAUCGAUUCUGGAAAUGCCGAGGAACCUAAAGCUUGCUGGAGGAUGCCAGAAUACAACCGACAGAUGAAACCUAUAUAUUCACAGUAUCUGCCGUAUUACUUUGUUGGGUAUGUAGCUAAAGCUGAAGAUACCAGUGCUGGGGGUUGAGUAGUGGGAUGUCUUUAGACCUUACUGUCUGUGUUUUGAUUUUGGC